UAGCUUUAUUCGAUUUAGUUGACUAUGCGCGCUAUAUAUCACUUUCGUCACAUUGUGGGUAUUCGUUUUAGAACCGCAAUUUGACUGUGGCUGCCGUUACGUUAUUCGUUUUACAUUUUCUGCGUCAACACCGUGUCAAGUUUGUGUUGCCGCACGGAACACAUGCUAAGGGAGCAUGUUCUAGUUGCGUCAAAUGUCAAGAGUUUGUUGUUUUAGGUUACGGUAAAAGAAUUUAAGUUUUUUAGCGAUCGUUUAAUUUCAAAAAUUAUGGAACAGCCUGGGUACAUUUGUUCCGUGUGCAACACAAAUGUAGGACUGACCACCUCAGCUGCAAAGCACCAUGACUGCAUGGAGGGUCAUGAAAACAUAUGGAUAGUGGACAAUUACAUCUACCCAUAUGAUCCUACUUCUCAAAGUGAAGAAUUCCAUACUGAAUUGAGCGACAACUCUAGCGAAUCAAAUUUAAAUGUAGAUAAUGAAGGACAUUCCUCUGCUACACCACAGCUGUGGCCACUUCAAGCUAAGAAGUUAUUAAUAGAAUUGUACCCUAAGUAUCUGAAACGUUUUUCAGAUAGAGUAAUUAUUUCUAAGGAACAAAUGUUUGCCAAACUAACAGCUGAAUUAAAUGAGUAUGGAUAUAAAUACACUGCUAUGCAAGUAAAGUACAGAUGGCGAUGCUUCGAAAAGGCUUAUAAAAAUUUUGCUAAGCAUACAAAAAGUACAGGUCGAGGUUAUAAGAAAUUCGAGUUUUACGAUGAGCUGCAUGAUAUAUUUCAGAAGGAACCAAGAUUCUACCCAGAAGUACUCACUUCAAGUGUAGCAACAAAAACUUUGCAAGAAGAAAAUGCACUUCCUCAAAAUGAAAAUGUGCUUCCAACAAUGUUAAGUUUUGUCUUCAAACUAUAG